AUGGCGUCUCUGUCUUCUUGCUUCACCAUGUCUCCCACCAAGUCCCGACCCAUUUCUUCUUCUCCACGUCCUUCUCUAAUCUUCGCGCGCAGUUCCUUCGCCAGAGUCCCAACACACCGUCAGGCGGCGGCGGCGCCAUUUCCAGGAGUUUCUUACAAAUUUCCGAACUUUAAGGCGUCGCGGCUCGUGGUGCGAGCGAGUAGCAUUGAUGUGACCACUCCAAUUAGGCCAGGCGCCGCCGUGGAGACGGACAAAUUGCCGACGGAUGUCAGGAACCGAACGAUGGACGCCGUUGAUGGGUGCGGAGGCAGGGUUACGUUGGGUGACGUGGCAAGCAGAGCUGGGCUUAAGUUGAACGAAGCUCAAAAGGCUCUGCAGGCUCUUGCUGCUGAUACUGAUGGCUUUCUGGAGGUUUCAGAUGAAGGGGACGUGCUUUAUGUUUUCCCAAAGGAUUACCGCACAAAGCUUGCUGCCAAGUCGUUUAGAUUGAAAAUUGAACCUCUGGUUGAUAAAACAAAGAGCACGGCUGAGUAUCUGAUCAGAGUUUCCUUUGGGACAGCAUUAGUUGCUUCAGUAGUGGUGGUUUAUACUACAAUCAUACUUCUUCUUUCAAGUAGAAGUGAUGAUGACAGACGUGAAAGACGUAGCGGUAGAUCUUAUGGUUCAGGAUUCAAUAUGUACUUCAAUCCUAUAGAUUUAUUCAGGAUUUGGGAUCCAUAUUAUUACAGGAGGCGGAGAGAACAAGUUGAUGUCAAUGAGAAUAUGAAUUUCCUUGAAUCUAUCUUCUCAUUUGUAUUUGGUGAUGGCGAUCCAAAUCAAGGACUAGAAGAAGAGAGGUGGAAGUUGAUCGGGCAAUACAUUUCCUCCAAUGGUGGUGUUGUGACUGCUGAGGAACUUGCUCCCUAUCUGGAUAUACAGACCAAGGAUGUGAAUGAUGAAUCAUAUGUCUUACCUGUUCUCCUUAAGUUUGAUGGCCAACCAGAAAUUGAUGAAGAGGGCAAUAUCGUGUAUCGAUUUCCCUCACUUCAGCGAACAGCUUCGUCCCAAAGAAGCGGUAGGAAGGAUUACGUGGGAAGAAGUAAAAGAUGGACAGAUUGGGUUGGAGGAGUUCAGAACUAUCUUGAGGAAAAGAAAUUGGAAUUCAGUAAAACCAACGCAUCGGAAAGAGCAAUGGUCAUUGGGUUGGGUGGGCUCAAUCUGUUUGGAGUAAUUGUUCUUGGAGCCAUGAUGAAGGAGAUGCCUAUUACUCAAGGUGGAUGGAUUCAAUUUGUUAGCUCCAUCUUUCCACUACUCCAGGUAUAUGCGGGUUCUUUCUUUGCAAUCCCUUUGGUUCGUUGGUUCCUUGUUUCCAAGAGCAAUGCUGAAAUAGAGAAGAGGAACAUAUUGAGGAAAGAAUUUGCCAAAGUGCUCGAACUGCCGGAUCUUUCAUUAAGACGAAAGAUUCUUAGUGCUCGGGAUAUGGCUCAGAAAACAGUGAUAGGACAGGAUCGCAUAGUCUACAGUACCGAAAGAGAGAUAAUCGGGCAAGAGAUCGAGGCUGAAGAUUGGGAACGGAGGUUCAGAGAGAUUGAGAAUAAAUCAGAGUAG